UGUUUGUGUCUCGACAGAGUAACGCAAUCGAAGUGCUACAGUUAUAAAUCAAUAAACCUUUAUAGUGACUUUGGGAAUUACACGAUUUAAUUUUAAAAGAAUGAGAAACGUGUGUAAGAAAUGGUGAAAAAAAGGACAUAUAAUGUGAGAUUAUACAUAUGCCGCUGGGGUCCAAAUCAUUCAAGAUGAAAAUUGUUAUUGCAGCAAUUUAUCUAGCAACAAUAAACACAAAGUACUUUGCACGGUCACAUGCCGAGUUUCGACGCAAUGCUUUGUUUUCCGAACAAUUCGAAGAUGUGGACAAUGUUGAAAAUAAAUCGGAAAGACAACGAACAUUGGAUAAUCUUCUUAACAACUAUGAUCCCCGAAUUCCACCAAACUACGAGGAAGAUUUUCCAGUGACAGUUCUGGUACAGCUUCAUAUUACAAGUAUUGAUAGUAUCAGUGAAUCAAACAUGGACUAUUCAAUUGGAAUGUUUCUUCGACAAACGUGGAACGAUUCCAGACUGGCCUACAAGAAAAUUCCGAGAUUGAGAUCUUUAGAGCUUGAUUCCCGGCUGAUACAAAGUAUAUGGGUACCAGACUUAUUUAUAACCAAUGAGAAGAAAGCUCAGUUCCAUAUAGUAACUGUUCCAAAUAAACUGAUGCACAUCUAUCCAGAGGGACGAGUCCAAUAUAGUAUCAGAAUAUCUGCAACUUUACAUUGUAACAUGGACCUAAGGAAGUAUCCUCUAGACUCACAAGUCUGCGCAGUGAUCAUGGAAAGCUAUGGAUACAGUACAGACACUUUAGAGUUUCGAUGGAAUCCACAACCCGUCUCGCGAGAUACGAGACUUGCGCUUGCGCAGUUCGACCUCGGGGAAAUGAAAAGGUCACAGUGUGAUAAAGAAUAUAUAACAGUGACAUACACGUGUAUUAUGCUAGAACUGGAUUUAACCAGAAAGUUCGGUUACUACAUAACACAGAUUUAUAUACCCAGCAUGUUGAUAGUGAUACUGUCAUGGGUAUCGUUCUGGUUAGACAAAGAAGCCGUUCCUGCACGGAUUUCUCUUGGGUUGCUUACGGUCCUCACCAUGACGACACAGAGUGCUGGCGCGCGUUCGUCACUUCCUAAAGUAUCUUAUGUCAAAGGCAUAGACGUAUGGAUGGCUGCCUGUUUACUGUUUGUUUUUGCCGCCUUGAUUGAAUUUGCAUUUGUGAAUGUGUACUUUCGAGUGGAAAAACGGAGAAAACAAACGAAUAUACCUGCUGGCAAUGAAAAAUUACACAACGUGCAAAAUCCAGAUAAUGAAAAAGGAGAGAUAAAAGAAAAAGAACAUUCAAGAUUUCAAAUGUUUCUACCAGAUAAAGAAGUUGCACAUACAAUUGAUCGUUUAUCAAGACUUAUUUUCCCCAGUGUUUUUAUCAUCUUUAAUAUAAUAUACUGGUGUAUUUAUACAUUAUGGACUCCAAUAUAA